AUGUCCCUGCUCUGGGAGGCGCUGAUGAGGAACUCGCCGCAGAGGGAGAGGGAAGAGACGGGGCCACGUGGCCUUUUAGGAUGGCGAGGGAUUUGUAGGGUUGGGAGAAGGGGAUUUUUUGGUUUGGGGGAGAAUAGGAGUGGAAAGAAUUUGAAGGGCUCUCGUCUGGCUCUUCUGUCGUCAAGCUGCUUGGAUUUGAACUUGGAGACGACAAUGGAGGUAGCACUGGCCCGUGACCCUCCCGUUGUACACGCACCUCCUCCCCCCUCCCCCCCUCAACCACUCGAGGAAACCAGGAUUCACACCAGUGCGGAUGAACUUAGUUGGGUGGGGACCACCCCUCGACCAGUCGACCCACGUCAGCGUUCGGUUGGCGUUCCUCGCCGCAAAACCGCCAGGGAGCACGCCGCCCACGAGGGUCGGAAGGUAGUGCUCGUCCGCGUAGCACGACCCCUUGCAAUAGCUUUUGAAGGCCGAGAAGUAGGUGGAGUCGGAGACGACCUCGAGUGCCAGGUGGCGGUCGACCGUGAACCACUGGGAGCCCUUGCGCCAGUUGGUGAGGCGGAGGGUCGGGGCCAUGUUGAGACUGUAGCGGCCGCGGCCCACUGGGCCUGGGAGGUCGUAGGACUCGACGAAGGUGUGGUUGGAGCCGAGGAGGUAGGAGUAGAUGGUGGAGAAGUUGUGGAGAGGGAUGCACGACUCCGACAAGAGGACGAACCUCUCGUUUGA